ACAGACCAGUGUCCUGAGAGAGUGAGACCUUGAUUUGUCGGGGAGGAGGGGACUUUAUCACAAAGACAAGUAAGUGUAAGUGAAGGUUCCUGGGGAGAUAGGAAUCCUGCAAAACCAAACGUCGCACGUCGCCGGAUGCCUGUUGAUAGUUCAGUGGUCAGGUUACCCCCGGCCUGAGAGUCGGGACUGUGCCGUCGUUUGUCCACGAUGCCCAAGAUGGAAAUUGCCAUAAAUCUAGUCUUCGCUACUUUCUUCAUUUCUGUCGGAGGGGCGUUACACAGAAGCAGUUCAGACCAGCAGCAGAGGCUACAGGAGCUGGACACUUUCAUCCAGACCCUGAUGACAUGUGAGUCCAGGCCUAUAGUCGGACUGACCGUGUCCGUGGUCAAGGACGGCCAGACCAUUUUCGCCAAGGGUUACGGCCAGAGGGACCUGCAGACGGGACAAGCUGUGGACAACACGACUCUGUUCGGAGUCGGCUCCAUCUCCAAGUCCUUCACCUCAGCCCUGUUAGCGGCCAUUCUCGGGGAGAGGGAAGACGUGAGCUGGGACACCGUCCUGACGGACAUCCUGGGGCCGGACUUCAGGUUCAAGGACGAGUUCCGCACCAAAGAGGCGACCCUACGAGAUUUAUUGGCGCACAAAACCGGUCUAGAAAGUCUCGGCCUCGCUAUUGAUACUGGACUGGACAUUGAUCGAGCAGAGCUGGCCAGACGAAUACGGUACUUCAGACAGGCCUUCCCAUUCCGUACCCGCUGGCAUUACAACAACUUCAUGUACACCCUCGCCGGGCACGUGGCGGAGAAGCUUGCUGGAAAACCCUACGAGACCCUUCUACGAGAACGUCUCCUGCAGCCGUUGGGCAUGCGCGACACCGUCUAUCUGGCUGAUGUUGUAGAAGAGGGCGGCUUGAAUUUUGCUCAGACGUACUGGACACACAAUCAAACCGGACCGUUUGUUCCCUACAAUCCAGAAAACCGCAGACCUGUGAGGUUACAUCUCCCUGCAGGAGGUGUGGUGUCCAACGCCUUGGACAUGGCCCGGUACAUGAACUUCCACCUGAGCGGGGGGAUGGACGCGGCCGGCCGCCUGGUGGUGCCGGAGGACACCUUACGACAGACCCACACGGCAGACUUCAUCAUGCCCGUGUACAGCGAGAGGGUGGGGCCAGACUGGCCGGUGGGGGCGGACAUGCUGCACGGGUAUGGCCUGGGGUGGAUGAGUGGCUACUACAGAGGCCACAGACGGAUUUACCACAGCGGGUUGGUGACGGGGUUCACGUCGCUGUUAUCGCUGUUCCCGGCGGUCAGAGGCGGCGUCUUCACGUCCGUCAACGGCGUCAGGGGACAGAGUAAAGACGUUCACAACGUCAUCCAUCACCAGAUCAGCGACAUCCUGAUAGGUAAGGACCACUGGCUGAACACCACUACUGCCUGCUCGUACCCUCAGCCCUGGUGGACAAGACCGACGGCCAACGAUCCCGUCAUGCCCGAGACUUCAGACGAAUUCCCGCGAGACAAACGUGACUACGAGGGUGUCUAUGGCAACCGUGCAGCAGGCACCAUGACGAUUAGCCUGAACGCUACAGAUGGGAAAUUGUACUUCAGACUUGGUCUUAUUGGACAUGGUGUUCUUAUGGCUACAGAUCAUCUUAACGUCUUGAAGGCCAGUUUUGAAGGGCCACUGACGGGGUCAACUGUUCUGGUCGAUGUUAAAGUGCAAAACGGUCUCGUCUUUUCCUUGUCUUUCAGAAGUAAGCCCCCUGACCCUGACUUGUUGUUCGAGAGAAAUCUAAAACUAACAGAUCCGGACACUACAAACCCGAAGUGGGACGGAUGUAGUAAUACUUCUGGCGCUAUUCACACUGUACUGUCUAGUCGGGGAAUAUCUAUUGUGUUCAUUCUGAUCUUAGUAAUGUUUCUGUAGGUCGAAGCACCAAGAGAUCGAAUGGCCAAAGAAGAAAAGAGAGCUACGUUUUUCAAGAGGUAUAUCUGGGCUAAGCUGAUGUUGGACUGCAUGCUUAUAGCAUCGUUGUGUCUAUUGGACAAAAUAUGGCAAUUGGCAAUGUCUAC